CAACAUCGACCCUCAGCAAGCUUGUGGAAGCCAUGUCGGCCUCACCAGCUCCAGAGGCUCAGUCUCAAUGGAAGGAGUACAAAAACUCGGAGGGCCGUAUCUACUGGUCGCAUGCCGUCACCAAGCAGUCGGUAUGGGAGAAGCCAGAGGAGCUGAGGCGGGCUAUGGCCAAGACACCUUGGAAGCAGUUCACCUCGCGCGGCAAGGCGUACUACGUCAACUCGUCGACGAAGGAAACUGUGUGGAACUUGCCGCCAGAGCUCGAAACGUUACAACGCAAGGUGGAGGCUGAGGAGAUUGCGAGGAAGGAGCGUGAGCACCUCAAGGCGACUGGCCAGGCUUCCCCUACACCCUCUGCUAGCUCCAGAGCAUCAUCGCCCGACUAUGACGAGCCGUCAACCGCUCUCACCCGCUUCCAGUCGCCAGGAAGUCGCGCGCCGGCACCCGAGGUCGAGACCGUCACCAUUCCUCACGGCGGAUUCCAGAAGGUCGAGGAAGCCGAGGCAGCAUUUAUCCAUCUCCUCAAGCGUGAGGGAAUCGACGAGAAGUGGACCUGGGACCAGACCAUGCGCAAGGUCGUCUUGGACCCGCUCUACAAGGCCCUAGACACCUUGGCUCAGAAGAAGGCCGCGUAUGAAAAGUGGCUGGAUACCCUGGCCAAGGAGAAGCAGCAGCAGCGCGACGCGCGUAUCGCCGAGCUCCGACCACACCUCACCCGGUUGUUCACCCACUCUGGCGUCAUCAAGAGCUACUCGACGAUGAAGACGGCGGACAAGGCAUUCGCGUCGGACAAGUACUGGCGCCGUGCCAAGCCCGACGAGCGACGUUUCAUUCUGGAGGAGUACACGUCCAAGCUGCGCGCCCGCGAGGUCCAGACGCGGAAGGACGUCAAGGCGAGGAACAUUUCGACGUUGACCAAGCUCGUCAAGGAUCUCGAUAUUACAGUCACCACGCGGUGGAGGGACGCGCACGGCAUCAUUACGCGUUCGGACGCGUUCCGUGCGAAUAACGAUCUGAAGAGCGUUGAAACCCUUGACAUUCUCAACGUGUACGACGAUUACUCGAAGCAGCUGGAGAAGGAGUACAACGAAGAAUCCAAGCGCCUGAAAACCGAGUACAGACGUCGUGGUCGCAAAGCUCGCGACGCGUUCAAGGAGCUUCUCCAAGAGCUCAAGAGCAAGGGCGAGUUGACUCGCCAGUCCAAGUGGAAAGAGACGCUGCCGAAGAUUAAGGCGGAUGAGCGAUUCACCAACCUGGUCGGGUUGCCUGGCUCGACUCCUCUCGACCUGUGGAUGGACGCUGUCGACGACUUGCAAGUCGCCGCCGAGGAGGUGGCUGCCAAGAUUGAGGAGAGACUUGGGGCUCCAAUCAAGCUCGAGACGACGGCGGAGGAGUUUGAGAAGCUGUAUGAGGAGUCCAAGUUGGGCAACGAGUUCACGGCUGAAGAACGGAAGGAUGCUCUCGAUGUGAUCCACGCUCGCCUCGCCAAGGCUGCCGCCGAUGAGCAUCGACGUGCCGAGCGCAAGCGCAGGCACAGAAUAGACGACCUGCGCGACGCAAUGCGCAAGGUCCAGCGCCACAUUGAACCUGACACGACGUACGAGGCUGCCCUGCCGCACAUCCAAGAGCUCCAAGAGUUCAAGGACAUCCCCGAGGAGGAGGACCGCAAGGCUGCCUUUGAGAAGUUUACGCGCCGCAUGCGUGAGAAGGAGCGCGAUGGGGAGGGCUCGUCGCCGCGGCGCAAGGACCGGGAGAGGGACCGCUCGAGCAGCGGACGCGAUGGUCGCGACCGCCGCGACUACAGAAUGGACGUGGACGACGACCGCGACCGGCGACGCGAGCGCGACUACCGUGACCGCGAGCGCGAUCGCGACCGCACAGAUCGCGACUGGCGCGCGGCGCGUGACGACCGCCGUGAGAGAGACCGCGACCGCGAGCGAGACCGUGAGAGAGACCGCGACUACCGCCGCCGUGACGACCACCGCGACCGUGACCGCGACCGCGAGCGUCGUAGGGAGCGCGACCGUGAGGCAGACGACCGCGACCCCAAGCGCCAGCGAGUGUCGGACGCUGGCUCGCGUAACGACGAGAGGGAGGAGGGGGAGAUUUAG